CACACUUCACUACUUCAGUAGCAUAUCCAGUUCAUUACGGCAGCAAGGACUGCCUACUGAAAACUGAAACCAAACAUGGCGGGUGCAGCACCGGCUGAUGAAGAUGGAUCGCCGAAGAAGACGAAGCAGGGCGGCUUCAAGACAAUGCCCUUCAUACUAGCGAACGAAAUCUGUGAUAGGUUCGCGACGGCCGGCUUCAACGCGAACCUGAUCACGUACCUGACGCAGCAGCUGCACCUGCCGCUGGUGGAGGCCUCCAACCUGCUGACCAACUUCAUGGGCACGGCCGCCUUCACCCCGGUCUUCGGCGCCAUCAUCGCCGACUCCUUCACGGGCCGCUUCUGGGCCAUCGCAGGCGGCGGCCUGCUGUACCAGCUCGGCAUGCUGGGCCUCGUCGUGUCCGCGCUCACCCCUUCCCUCCGCCCCGGCCCGUGCACUGCUCCUCCUGGUACAUCGUGCCAGCGCGCCAACGGCGGGCAGCUGGCCAUGCUCUACCUGUCGCUGCUCUUCACGGCGCUCGGGUCCGGCGGGAUACGGCCGUGCGUGGUGGCGUUCGGGGCAGACCAGUUCGGCGUCGGGGGGAGGCGCCCAGGCGGCGGGCAGAAGUGGAGCUUCUUCAACUUCUACUUUUUCACCAUGGGGCUCGCCGUGCUGCUGGCGCUGACGGUGGUGGUGUACAUCCAGGAGAACGUUGGGUGGGGUUGGGGGUUCGGGAUCCCCGCCAUGGCCAUGUUCGUCUCCGUGCUGUCGUUCGUGGCGGGUUACCCGCUCUACGUCAGGGUGAAGCCCGGGGGAAGCCCCUUCGUUAGGCUGGUUCAGGUCGUCGUCGCGGCGGUCAGGAAGAGGAAUGAGGCCGUGCCGGAGGAUGCCGCGUUGCUGUACCAGAACAAGGAGCUCGACGCUCCCAUCGCCGUCGAUGGGAGGCUUCUCCACACCAACCAGCUCAGGUUCUUGGAUCGAGCGGCGAUCGUGACGACGACCGAUGCCGUCGUCGUUGACUCCAGUACUGGCGCCGAGCCGGAGCCGGACCCGUGGCGGCUGUCGACGGUGCACCGAGUGGAGGAGCUCAAGUCCAUCGUGCGCAUGCUGCCGCUGUGGGCGGCCAGCAUCACGCUCAUCGCCGCGGCCUCGCACAACUUCACCUUCGCCAUCCAACAGUCGCGCACCAUGGACCGCCGCCUCAGCAGCCACUUCGAGAUCCCGCCGGCCAGCAUGAUCAUCUUCACCACGCUCACAAUGCUCCUCAGCCUCUCCCUCUACGACCGCGCCUUCGUGCCCCUGGCACGGCGCUACACGGGGCUGCCAUCCGGGAUCACCUACUUCCAGCGCAUGGGCGCCGGGCUUGCCGUCUCCGUGCUCGGCGUCCUCGCGGGCGCUCUCGUGGAACGCAAGCGGCGUGCCGUCGCGGCAGAGCAUGGGCUCCUGGACGGCGGCGCCGCCGCAGCCGUGCCCAUGAGCGUGUUCUGGCUGGUGCCGCAGUACGCGCUCCACGGGGUGAGCGACACGCUCUCCACGGUGGCGCACAUGGAGUUCCUGUACGACCAGUCGCCCGAGAGCAUGCGCAGCUCGGCGGCCGCGCUCUUCUGGGUCGCCGGCUCGCUUGGGAACUACCUGGGCACGGCGCUGGUCACGGUGGUGCAGAGCGCCAGUGGAGGGGAGUGGCUGCAGGACAACAUCAACAGGGGCAGGCUGGAUUAUUACUACUGGCUCGUCACCUUCCUCAUGGCGCUAAACCUUGUCUACUACAUCGUCUGCUUCCAUUUUUACACCCUCAAGUCCUUCGAGGUGGAUGCUGGAGACAAGGCGCGACGGCCGGAAGAUGGCGCUGAUCAGGGGCCAAGUAUAGAGCCGGUGACUGCGCUCUCUGCAGGUCAAAUAGGAGGUUCGAGACAUUGCGAGGGUCCCAUCUAACGGUACGUGUUAUCACAGGUCAGACAAGUACGGACUCGGGAAAAUUCUUGAGGUGUACGACGUCCCAUCGAGCGCUACAUGUUGAUAACAAAUUGUCUGUUGUCUCGCACAAUGUCCGUUUGGUAACACGAAAAAUACUUUUAAAAAUAAAA